AUGGAUGACAUUCAUGACCUUGAGCAGAGGACACAGAGAGCCAGACACAACGUGGAGGAGAUGCAGACCAUCAUGCAGUCGUGGGUGGCACCCAUAUUUGAGAGGAAAGAUUCCAAACAAGACUCCCUGCUGAGCCUUGAGGACUGCCAGGGCCAUCUGGAAAGAUGCUACAGCCUGGUCAGAGAGUCAGGGCAGAGGAUUCACUCACUGCUGAAGGAAAACCAGAGCCUCUUACUUGCAGACCCAGCAUCUGACAUCUGGAAGGCCUAUGUAGAUUACUUGGACGAGAUAGUCCUGGAUGGAUUCUUCACUGCCAUUGAGUGCUCGCUCAAGUACCUCCUGCAGAACACAGAUCCCGAGGCAGGGCUUCCUCCUCUCUUUGAAGUGCAGCUGGAUUUGGUGGUGCCAGAGUUGGUUUUUCAUCCUCCCUUGGACCCUGGCACAAACGAUGGCUUCUAUGACAUGAUAGAAAGUCUGCUCAAUGACAUCUACAGGAUCUCCUCGCUGGUGCCCAGGCUGGCCGAGCACAGUGGCUUCCUCCACUACCAGGACGACAUGGAGGCCAUGGCUGGCCUGGCCGAGCUGCGGCAGCAGCUGCUGGGCCGCGUGCAGGCGGUGCUGGCAGCCUGCGGCGAGUACCGCGGCAGCCUCCAGCGCUACGCCAGCCUCUGCGGGGAGGACAGGAGGGAGGCCUGCAGGCACUUCCUGCGCCACGGCCUGCCGGAGGCGCAGGCGGAGGACGGGAGCCCGGAGGCGCCGCCCAGCCUGCAGCAGUUCAAGCAGCAGAUCGACUCCUACGAGAGGAUCUCCGAGGAGGUGAACCACAUCCAGCCCCUCAGCGUCUUCCAGGGCUGGCUGAGGGUCGAUGCUCGACCCUUCAAGGCGUCCCUGCUGAACGUGGUGCGGAGGUGGAGCCUGGUGUUCAAGCAGCACCUCGUGGACCACGUCACACACAGCUUGGCUGACCUGGACGAGUUCAUCCAAACUGCUGACAAGGGCUUGAGCAGAAAGGUUGAGAAAGGAGAUUAUAAUGGCUUGGUGGAGGUCAUGGGGCACCUCCUGGCUGUUAAAGAAAGGCAGAGUGUCACUGAGGCCAUGUUUGAGCCCCUGAAGCAAACUGUUGAGCUGCUGAAGUCCUAUGAGCAACCACUGCCAGAGGAGGUCUACAAGCAGCUGGAGGAGCUGCCAGAGAGGUGGACCAAGACGCAGAAGCUGGCCCUGGCCGUGAAGCAGCAGGUGGCUCCCCUGCAGGCCAGCGAGAUGGCAGCAGUGCGCCAGAGCUGCGCUGCCUUCGACGCCCAGCAGCAGCGGUUCCAGGAGCGCUUCCGCAGGGAAGCACCGUUCAGGUUUGACACCCAGAAGCCUUAUCAGCUGCUGGAUGCGAAGCAGGUGGAGAUUAAAGCCAUGGAAGCAGCCAUGGCCUCCCUCCAGGAAGCAGCUGGGCUCUUUGAAGUCCUGGUGCCGGAGUACAAGCAGCUGAAGCAGUGCAGGAGGGAGUUGUGUCUUCUCAAAGAGCUGUGGGACAUGAUUUCCCUUGUCAGCACGAGCCUGGAUGCCUGGCAGACCACCAGAUGGGUGGCAAUCAACGUGGAGAACAUGGAUCUGGAGUGCAGGAAGUUUGCCAGGGAAAUUAGGAAUUUGGAUAAGGAGAUGAGGGCCUGGGAUGCUUUCACGGGGCUGGACAGCAAGGUGAGGAACAUGCUGACGGCCCUGCGAGCUGUGGCAGAGCUGCAGAGCCCUGCCAUCAGGGAAAGGCACUGGGGGCAGCUGAUGCAGCUGACAGGGGUGAGCUUCCUGAUGGACUCCAACACCACCCUGGCUGACCUCCUGAAGCUCAACCUGCACAACUUUGAGGAUGAGGUCCGUGGCAUCGUGGACAAAGCCGUGCGAGAAAUGAGCAUGGAGAAGGUCCUGAAGGAGCUGCGGCUGACUUGGAGCUCCAUGGAGUUCCAGUAUGAGCCUCACCCCAGGACUGGCGUCCCCCUGCUGAAGGCUGAUGAGGAGCUCAUCGAAACCUUAGAGGACAACCAGGUGCAGCUGCAGAACCUGCUGACGUCCAAGUACAUGGCCUUCUUCCUGCAGGAGGUGGCCGCCUGGCAGCAGAGGCUGGGCACUGCCGACGCUGCCAUCGGCCUCUGGCUGGAGGUGCAGCGCACCUGGGCUCACCUGGAGAGCAUCUUCAUGGGCUCAGAAGAUAUCCGGACACAGCUGCCCCAGGACUCCAAACGCUUUGAGGACAUCGAUGUGGACUUCAAGGCAUUGGCCUACGAAGCCCAGAGAACCCCGAACGUCAUCGAGGCCACCAACAGGCCAGGCCUGUCCCAGGCUCUGGAGGACAUCCAGAGCAGGCUGUCUCUGUGUGAGAAGGCUUUGGCUGAGUAUUUGGAGGUGAAGAGGCUGGCCUUCCCCAGGUUCUACUUCAUUUCUUCUGCAGAUUUACUGGAUAUCCUUUCCAAUGGCACCAACCCACAGCUGGUGCAGCGCCACCUGCCCAAACUCUUUGACAACUUGGCCAAGGUGCAAUUCCAGCUGGAUUCUGAGCAGAAGCCAACCAAGGUUGGCCUGGGAAUGUACAGUGGAGAGGAGGAGUUCGUCAGCUUCAGCCAGCCCUGCGACUGCAGCGGGCAGGUCGAGGUCUGGCUGACCCAGCUGCUGGGCUGCAUGAGGGCCACGGUGAGGGCCCAGCUGGCUGAAGCGGUGGUGACUUAUGAGGAGAAGCCGAGGGAGCAGUGGCUCUUUGACUACCCUGCCCAGGUGGCGCUCACCUGCAGCCAGAUCUGGUGGACGACCGAGGUCGGCAUUGCCUUCUCCAGGGUGGAGGAAGGCUACGAGAACGCCGUGAAGGAGUACCACAAGAAGCAGGUGGCCCAGCUGAACGCCCUGGUCACCAUGCUGCUGGGGCAGCUCUCCCGGGGGGACAGGCAGAAGGUCAUGACCAUCUGCACCAUCGACGUGCACGCCCGCGACGUGGUGGCCAAGAUGAUCGCGCAGAAGGUGGACAAUGCCCAGGCGUUCAUCUGGCUGUCCCAGCUGCGACACAGAUGGGCAGAUGAGGAGGGGCACUGCUAUGCCAACAUCUGUGAUGCCCAGUUCCUGUACUCCUACGAGUACCUUGGCAACACCCCUCGGCUGGUGAUCACUCCCCUGACGGACAGGUGCUACAUCACCCUGACCCAGUCGCUGCACCUGACCAUGAGUGGAGCACCUGCAGGGCCUGCAGGCACUGGCAAGACAGAGACCACCAAAGACCUGGGGCGAGCCUUGGGCACCAUGGUCUACGUCUUCAACUGCUCUGAGCAGAUGGACUACAAGUCCUGUGGAAACAUUUACAAAGGCCUUGCCCAGACAGGAGCCUGGGGCUGUUUUGAUGAAUUUAACAGGAUCUCCGUUGAGGUCCUGUCUGUGGUUGCUGUGCAGGUGAAGAGUGUGCAGGAUGCUAUAAGGGAGAAGAAGAAAUCCUUCAGUUUCCUUGGAGAAGACAUCAGGCUGGUACCCUCAGUAGGCAUCUUCAUCACCAUGAACCCAGGCUACGCAGGGAGAACAGAGCUCCCCGAGAACCUGAAAGCUCUCUUCAGGCCAUGUGCCAUGGUGGUGCCAGACUUUGAGCUGAUCUGUGAAAUCAUGUUGGUGGCUGAGGGCUUCAUCGGGGCACGGACACUGGCCAGGAAGUUCAUUACUCUCUACCAACUCUGCAAGGAGCUGCUGUCCAAGCAGGACCACUACGACUGGGGGCUGCGUGCCAUCAAGUCCGUGCUGGUUGUGGCCGGGGCCCUGAGGAGAGCCGACCCGGAGCGCCCCGAGGAGCAGGUCCUGAUGCGCUCUCUGCGUGACUUCAACGUGCCCAAGAUCGUCAGUGACGACCUGCCGGUGUUCAUGGGGCUCCUCGGGGACCUCUUCCCCGCGCUGGAGGUGCCGCGCAAGCGCGACCUGAGCUUCGAGGCCUUGGCGAGGCAGGCGGUGCUGGACCUCCAGCUGCAGCCUGAGGACAACUUUGUGCUCAAAGUGGUGCAGCUGGAGGAGCUGCUGAGUGUCCGGCACUCUGUCUUCGUGGUGGGCAGCGCGGGCACGGGCAAGUCGCAGGUGCUGAGAUCCCUCAACAGGACCUACCAGAUCAUGAAGAGACGUCCAGUCUGGGCAGACCUCAACCCCAAGGCUGUCACCAACGAUGAGCUGUUCGGCAUCAUUAACCCAUCCACGAGAGAGUGGAAAGAUGCCUCCACCACCGACCUUUCCUGA